AGGUCCUGACGAGUCAACCCCGUCCGAGGAAGAGAAAUAAGACCGCGACUUCUGAUGGAGUUACUGCGCUGUUUGGAUACCGACUGUAACACCGAGGCCGCCGAGCUGGACCAGGCCACGCGCACAGCUCCAAUUAGGAAGUAACGGGAUUGUUUUCACUGCGUGUUUCUCUCUGGAAAGGAAAGCCGAGCAGGUUUGGAGAGCUCUUCCUGUUACCAAGUCGGCGGUUCCUAACUUUAUAAGCUGUGAUAAAACCCAGCUCGUUGCGUGCUUCUGAUAAGACCGUAAGUAUGGAAAAUCUGGCGCAAAGGGAUGCGGGAUUUCCUGCGGGAGCGCCACAAAGUUGCGGCCAGACGCGGUUAUUGGAGAUUUGGGCUUAAUAAUGCGAACUGGUCAGCCCUGAAACUUGUCGUAAAACACUGGUUGGCUGGACUGAAUGCUCCUUUCCUGCUAUUCUUCUCCGCUUCUCAGCGCUUCCUGCUUGCGGUGGCCACUGCACUUAAUGGCUAAAAAUACAUAAAAACUCAAAAUGGACAGCUAAAUGUGGUGGGAGCCUUCGUUUGGAGUUGAUGUGUUGUCAAAACACUUGGAAGUAUUUUACAGCACGCUUUGGAUGUUUUUUUUGCGUUGGUCCUCACACUUUUAGCUUCCAAAAUCAGAAUUCAACAGGUGGCAAGUCUGGAUCAGAAGAGAGGAGCUGAUUUACCCAGAACGAGGUGAUCCCACAGCCUCUUAAAUACAGGCUGGUGAAAUGAUUGUGAUCACACCAUGUUUUGGGAAACCACAUCACUUGAACAGAGAGAGAUUCAGUGGGGACUUCGCUGCCUUUCUGUGCGUUGAAACGCUUAAUCAAACGAAAGCGAUCUCUCGACUCCUCCAGAUUUGUCAAAUAGACGGCUUUGCGUUUAAUGCAGAGACGGAUGAAAGACGCUUGCCUCUCAGUCAUCUGUGAAUCCUCUCCCGAAGCUCACUUGUUGGUCAAGCUUUUGAACACAUUUCACUGGUCCCUGAUGAACCAACAAGAAAGACAGGAAAGGGAGCGAGGCGCAAUAAAGUACUCCUUUGUACUUUAUUUUCAAACCCUUGGGGUGCAAAAUCAGAUCCAGUCAAAACAUCUGCUUGAGGCUCCAUGGAGCCGCUGAAGAACAUAUUCAGCCGUGGCCCGCUGUCGAACUGGAAAAAUUUGGAUCAAUCACAAAAAGGGAACUUCACCAACCCUGUGUGGACGGCCUUAUUCGACUAUGAGGCCUCCUGUAAAGAUGAGCUCACCUUGCGUAAAGGUGACCUGGUGGAAGUCCUGUCUCUGGACUCUGAGAUAUCAGGGGAUGAGGGCUGGUGGGCGGGUAAGGUCAACAACAAGGUGGGCAUCUUCCCAUCCAACUAUGGCUCCUUCAAGCCAAAUGGAUACGGGAAGCUUCCGGCUAGCGGCGUGGUGGCCGAGCUCGGCCCGGCUGUGGUGGGCGAGUUCGAACCCGACGCGGUGGAUUUCCGGGAGCUGAGCCUGGAGGAGGUCAUCGGGGUCGGGGGCUUUGGGAAGGUGUAUCGCGGUACAUGGAGAGGCGGGCUGGUGGCCGUGAAGGCUGCCCGACAAGACCCGGACGAGGACAUCAGCGUGACGGCGCAGAACGUCAGGCAGGAGGCGCGUUUGUUCGCCAUGCUCACUCACCCGAACAUCAUCGCCCUGAAAGGCGUCUGCCUGCAGGAACCCAACCUGUGCCUCAUCAUGGAGUACGCCUCGGGCGGGCCGCUGAGCCGGGCGCUGGCGGGGCGUCGCAUUCCGCCACACGUCUUGGUCAACUGGGCCGUGCAGAUAGCCAGGGGGAUGUUGUACCUGCACAGCGAGGCCAUCGUCCCCGUCAUCCAUCGGGAUCUCAAGUCCAAUAACAUCCUCCUGGCUCAGCCCAUAGAGAAUGAAUGUAUGGAGGGUCUCACGUUGAAGAUCACCGACUUCGGCCUGGCGAGAGAGUGGCACAAGACCACCAAGAUGAGCACCGCCGGCACCUACGCCUGGAUGGCCCCCGAGGUCAUCAAGUCCUCCACCUUCUCUAAGGGCAGCGACGUCUGGAGUUACGGUGUUCUGCUGUGGGAGCUGCUAACAGGAGAGGCCCCCUACAAAGGGAUCGACGGACUUGCCGUGGCCUACGGAGUCGCCGUCAACAAGCUCACCCUGCCCAUCCCCUCCACGUGCCCCGAACCCUUCGCUCAGCUCAUGGCAGAGUGCUGGGACCAGGACCCCCACCGCAGACCCAAUUUCAGCUCCAUCCUGACUCAGCUGACAGCCCUGGAGAGGCAGGUGAAGGAAGAGAUGCCACAGGACUCCUUCCACUCCCUGCAGGAGGACUGGAAACUGGAGAUCCAGGACAUGUUUGACGAACUCCGGGCUAAAGAGAAGGAGCUGCGAUGCCGUGAGGAGGAGCUGAAGCGAGCGGCUCUGGAGCAGAAGUCCCACGAGGAGUUCCUGCGGCAGCGUGAGCAGCAGCUGGCCCAGUGGGAACAGGACGUGUUCGAGCGCGAGCUCAGCCUCCUCAUCCUCCACCUGAACCAGAACCAGGAGAAACCCAACGUCAAGAAGAGGAAGGGCACCUUCAAGAAGCACAAGCUCAAGUGCAAGAACGGCGAGAAGAUCAGCAUGCCUCAAGAUUUCAUCCACAAGAUUACGGUGCAAGCGUCCCCAGGCCUGGAGAAGAGGCGGAACUCUCCUGAUUUGGGUUCGGGCUCCUCGCCCUCUUUCGGCCCACGUUUCCGUGCGAUCCAACUCAGUCCCAGUGACAACAGUAGGGCGUUUGGUCUGAGCCCAGUCUGGCCCUUAGAGUCCCCUUCUCUUAAACAAGCCAAUGGAGACCUGAGGUUGGGCCCCCACUGGAGGCCCCAGAGCCCGAAAAGUCCCAAAAGCCCUAAAGUCCUGCGCCUUAGUCCCCAGGAAAGCAGCUUGUCGAUGAGGGCCAAGCUUCUGGAAUCGGACAGCAAUGAGAACGGAGAAUCCAAGGAUGACUUUGAGGAGUACAGACCCUCCACGCCAACUGCCCCUGCUCAGAACGGCUCUUCAGUGAAGGACAGCCUGCAGCUUCCUCUACCUCAGCGAGACUCGUGCAGCGAGGAAGGGGGUUCCUCCCCGGCUGGCUCCCCCAGGCCUGAGAGGGGUUCCCUCGGUGGCCUCAUUAAGAACACCCACCGGGCCCUGCUGGGGGGUGGCUCCCUCCUGGCUUCCAUAGGACUAGGUCGCUGCCUGGAUAUUCCCCCAAGGGUGCCCCCUCGAACUAACUCCUCUUCCCUAGGGGACCGCACCCCACCUGAAAUGGAGAUUUCCUCCCCCAAGGCCCUCAUUUCAGACCCCCCAGUAGUGGAUGAUCUGAUCACUUUCUCCACCUCUGAGCUGCUCCCCAGACCGCUCUUGGAUUUAGCUCUGCAGUCCCAAGAACUGAAGCCGCUUCCCCUGUCGCCGCCUCCGCCGAACCCCCGUGAGAGGAGCGGCCCCCGGACGCCGCAGGUGCUGCACAGUCCGCACAGCCCCAGGACCCCCCUGCAGCCCGGCAGGGCCAGCCCAGGGGAAUGCACCCCGAGUUCCCAUUCGACUAACGGGGAGCUGGGCUGUGAGGUCUGGGAGCACAGAGCUGACAGGAGGAGGAGGUCCAGCCAAGGCCUGCACGCCUCUCAGCUAGUUUUGGACCUGCCCUUGUGCCAAGACACACAGGACUCUGAUGACAAGCCUUCAGUGCCCUGCUUUCUCCACCCCAACCCCGCCCUCUGGAGCCCCAAAACCCGUCGCCUGGAGGUCAGCGUCAUCCCCCGUCCCCGCCCGUCCCCCAUCCGGCCCCGUAUCGACCCCUGGAGCUUCAUCUCGGCCGGUGGUGGAAACUCAGGUGGUGGCCGCAGCCCAAACCGCUCGGACAGCAACCUACUGGGCUACCAGCCCUCCCCGACCAACCCUUUCCACAACUGUGACCCCUUCCCCUCGCCUGACUGUGACCCAUUCACCCUCAAGGCUGACCCCUCGGUCGGCUCGGACGCGGCUUCACCCUUUGACCCCUUCUCGGCUCCCUUUCCCACCUCCCGUUCUGCCCCGUGCUCCACUAACGGCUCGCCCACGCUGCCCUCAUUCCGCAUAGCGCCCCUCAACCCGGCCGACUCGCCCCUUAUCGACCUGGGCUGGACGGCCUGCAGCAAGCCCGUGGAUGGCACCAAAGAGAGAGCCCACCCCCGCCGGACACUCGGGCUGAAGCCCUUCAAGUCCCCGACGCAACUCAGAGAUGACAGGUUCUGAAGGCUGUGGAUUUUAUCCCAGGAACACAGUCCAGGACUCUUUCCACUACUACGUCCCACAUCUUAAUGAGGAUUUGGAAUCUCUUCAAGAAACGCACACCCAUCAUUCAACCCACUGAGGGAGGGGUCCCCCAUGAGAGUCUUAAUCAUUGCAGGUCCUAUUUAUACGCCAGCCUGCUGCUUUGGAGAGCAGAAAGCCAGUGAACAGUGGUACAUUGGAUUGUGGGAUAGCUGCCUUUGGACCAAUAGCUGGUGCCCAUUUCAUUCUCCCUCUUUAUCUCUGUUUCUCUAUCCCUUUGAAGGAGCAGAACACAGAUCACUAGUCCCAUCUUCAGAUUCUAUCAGACUGCUCAUAUCACCCGCUUUCAUCUCCCCCCCUACCUUUGAAGCAUUGUGACAAUGCAGAGGUGGAUAAGGCGACUUGCACAGCUUCAUCUGCCUCUACCUCUCUGCAGACUGAAAGCAUUCAGGACAAUGGAAAAUUGGAGUGCCUUAUUUCGUGAAGUGUUUUUAAUAUAUAUAUAUCUUUUCAAGGUUCCUUGAAUGGUUAAUCUGGUGCGCAGGGAAGAUGCUAUGAAUUUGGCUUAAAUUUGAAAAUCAGCUUAGCGUUUCUGUGGAAGAAAAUGUUGUCUGCGUGCGCGUGUGCAUGUGUGUCUAGACUCAUUGUUCAAGGAAAGCUUACUGUUUUUGUUUUUUUUAAACAGCGUCUGCCUGUUGCAUUAUGGGAGAAAGCACUCAGAGUGGAUGUUCCAGGCCACUCAUGAAAUCCGAGACAAAAACCGUGACCCAGGCAUUCCACUUGGACGCAGAUAACAUUCCAGUCACAUUCCCGGGGAAAUGCCAGGGACUGGACGGAUUCAUUCGGCUGGCGGGCGACACAGCACAGGAAACAAGACCUGGGAGCCCUCUGCAUUCCCUGCACAUGCCAAAGAGCGCCACUGUGAGAGUGUAGGGGCUGGGACAAAGAGUGUUUGCAAAUAAAUUGUUUUUACCUCCACCGAGUGCCAGACGGGUGGGGUUCGCCACACUGGACAGCACAGAGAAAGAUGAGACAAUCACAGACAGUAUUUAAACAUGACUUCCUUAUACUUUUCUGUGGUUUUCCUUUUUAAUAUAAUCCAGACUGUCUUAUCGCCACCCGUCUGAUGCACUAGGAAGGUUCAGCCAAACACUUUAAAGUAUUUGCAAAUACCACAAUAAGUCAGAAUGGAAGCUUCAUUGAAUACUUAAUUUGUACAGUCCACUAGAGUAGUACAAGCCUCGCAAAGCCAGCCCACAAUUUCACAGUGUCUUGGACCACAUGAUUAACAUUUCUCUCCUUGACCUGAUUGGACGAACGCACCACCCUCUGCCGUCAUUAGUCCCUUCUUCCAGUUGUUGAACUAGGAGAACCAUUGUGCUUGCUCUGGAAAUGUUUGUUUCUCCUUAAAAUGGUCCACCCAGAUUGGUUUGGAAAAAUAUGAGCCAGUGACCGGCCGUGACAGUCAAAAUUUAUAUUAAUUUUACCCAUGUAACACCUCAUUUUAAAGGAAUAAUUUGACAUUUUUGGUGUAGAGAGAGAUUAAAAAAAAAGAGAUUAAUACCACUCUUAUAUCAGUCUGGUCAGUAUGUAGGUGGAGCCAGCAGCCGGUUACGUAGUGACUUUGUGGAGUCUUGUUAUCACCAUAAGGUAGCCAGAGGAGCUGACAGGAAAUCAAUGCUCCCAACCAAGAAAUAGCCUGUCGUAAGCUAAGCUAACCGUCUAAGAGUUGGUGAAGGGUAUCGUGCAUCAAAAUAUUUGCUGAUCUUGGUCAAACCUCAUCAUAUGUAUUUCAGACUUGUGCUGUAGAGAUCUUGUGAGGUGUCAGCUGGCUUUGCGAGACCAGAGUGGCAGGGCUCCCGAACUCUUGUUCAGUUUGUUAAAAAUCCAUCCUAAGCCAUUUUAACACUGCUAAAACAGAUCUGGUAGGAUCCUGCGGAGAAAACCGUGAUGCCACGUUUAGAUGCGCCAGAGAAGUUCGGCACCGAUCCGUAAAACUAUAAAAUAAGCAAACGUGACGGUUGCAGCCGUUUUGCAAAAAGCAUCCAGAGAAACGCAGGACUUGAGGCGUGUUGAGGGAAAGUGGCCGCAGCAACAGAUACUUCAUCGUGAAAUAAUCCUGGAGUUUUUUUUUUCAUGAAAUGACCGCCAGCUGGUUCUCAAGCAUGUAGUCUAUUAACAUAAUUGGCGUAGGUCAAGCAUGUGAGCAACUGAAAGAGACCCACUUAGGCAUGGCACAAACUUGUGCUGUCACCCAUGUCUUUGCCGGAGCAUUACGAGGCACAAAUACUGAUUGGGUUCAUCACUGACACCGUGUCAUUGGAAGACAAUAAUGGCUUUGUUCUGAUGAAGAGUAAAAACCUUGUCUCCAAAGGGGAGAGCUUUGUGAUUAGCCUAAUAAUCCCGCUGAUGAACAGAGGAGGCUGAUAGUGAUAAUUAGCCUCUUGAUAAGAGCAGGGAGCAUUAACAAAGCGUUCAGAUAUUUGGUUAAUUAAUUUGCCCAGACAUUCCGAAAAUGCCCCGCGUCCUCCUCGCAAGGUGUCGAGUCGCUGCCUCCAUCGGCUUACGUCUGGAUUUGAGACGUGCUGAAGUUUCAAAGGCAGGUUGAGCUGUCUUUCCUCAAUCUUUUCUCUGUCGCCACCGGCCGCUCUGCUGCUGACCAGAUGAAAUCUUCACCGCGGAGGCUCACCUUCCUCCACGUCCUUCCCCCCUCAGGUGAUGUGGGAGAUUUUCAUUCUUUCUCUCCUCUUCUUCUUGCUCCUGCUCCUUCGUUUCCGUCUUCUCUGGAAAGUUUUCUCGCGGGCUGUUUUGUCCUGACGCUGCAGAGCAUUCAGUUCAAUAUCACAUACUGUUAAUUUCUCAGAGAGAAUAGUAAGAUAAUAGAAAGUGCAUAAGCCAACAUCAAGAAUCAGACAGUAUUGCCCAGACAGAUGUUUUCUGUUGACCUGAGCUCACCUGCCACGACUUGGACAUGAGCAACGUGGAUUUUCCCUCAUGUUGUGCGAACGUGCGAGGUUUAGCAGAGGAUUUGUCUCUGUCGGCAGCGUUCCCUACCUUCCUCUGCUCUCUUGUCCUCUUCAACUACGUUUCACAGGCGUGACAGAUGAUGAGUUAUUGCCUCGUCUCUUCGUGUCGCCGCGCUAAGCCACCGCGGCUCUCCUCUGAUAGUCAUUAGGCCCGGAUAGCUGUUAUUGUCAACAGAGCUGCGCGUGGAGCAGAGAUAGAUGAAGGAGAUGGAGAUGAUUGAAACGUCUGGCAGAUUAUUUCUGUCACAAAUUCUCUGUGUGUGUCAAGUAUCCACUUUAAGCUGCCACUCAUGUCUUGUCUGUUUGUUCGCUCCGUGCUCGACUUUAAUUUUCCCUCAGACACGAUGUUGAAAAGCUUUACCUGCCGUUCUCCAUCAAGCUUGGGCGUGUUUAGUGAUUUCAUGAGAUAUUACUUGCAAUAACGGGAGUAGCUGUACUCUUCAGUUUAGAUUCAAUUAUCGCCUGUAGUCAGAGUGGCAUUAAUUUCCUCCUGGAUGUGGUUCCUUUGGGACAUCCUCCUGCUGCAAAAUGACUGUACAUCGAAAUAUGUUGGUAUGCUUACUUUUUUUUUUUACAUAAAGAAAAAACUACCUUAAGGCGGAACCUGAGUCUGACAGAACUGAGGGAAUAAAUGGGACGCAUUUUAAGAAGUCUUCUGUGGACAUGCACGUCCGAUUUUUGGUUUGGGCUGUCAGAUUUAGGAACCGUAGCUGCCACUCGUCUCCAGGAGCUGACAGCAAGCACUCCAAUAAGAAAGUCCUGAUGAGUUGUUUGUGAUGCUCUGCUCUUCCAGGCAUCGGCCCGUCCGUCAUUGCAAAUCAGUGUCCCGAGUACAAGCUGACAGGGAGGACGGCAGUGAAUUCUCUGCAGGGGAGACCUGAUAUCUGGCCACCGGUUAUGCGCGCCCACCCCCACAGUGGCAGGGAGCAGACGUGAUUUGAUGAUCUGAGUUCAGAGUUCAAGCUCAGACCGUUGCCCCUCAUCAGUGAAUGGCAAAUGGUCAAUACAAUUCAUGAAUACAAGCUAAUGAGACCGCACAAUAGAGGAGCCCAGACCCUCAUCACGCCAAGAGGCUAUUGUGAGUGGUGGCUGUGUUUUAGAAUAUCAGAGGGGAAAAAUCAGAGCCAUUAUCCAGAUGGAAAGAAAAAAAAACAUGUUUCAAGCUAGUUAUUUCCUGGCUUUGUGAAGCGUAACAGUUGAAUAUGUUACCUAAUGCAACCAUCCAUUGGGGUUACACUUACUCUUAAAGCUUAAUUUGUCAUUGUUAAUAGUGGAUAUGCUCACAUGCAUACUCAUUAUCUGACCUGCCCUGAUUAAGCCAUUGAUUCAGCUGUAGCAGUUGUCAUGUAAAUACCCAGCAGGUUUCGGGGUGCACCAGCAGCUCGCCUGGCAAGGCGUGCACCCCUGUGUGCAUCCCUACAGCAGCGGCCCGGGCCCCGCUCCAACCCGAAUUUCACUGCAAACACCUCAGCUGCUUUCAGAUAAUUCUGAUCCGUUCCUUCUCUAAGUCGAGAUGCCUCCAUGUGUAGUGUGGAGCCCCAAAACUGACAAAAAGUAGUAAAAGGUUACCAGAAGACUGUGUUGCUAGCUAGCUUACCUGAAAACACUAGCUAAACACGUGGAACAGCAGCCGGUUAGCCACAGCUAAGCUAACUUUUGUCAUAAAGCCAAACCAGCCUGAGCUGUAUAAGCUUUCUAUUUCUAUACCCCAAAUUCUAUUUACUUAUAUUUGACAUGUCUGAUGACCUUUUACUACAUUAUGUCCAAACUUCCUUUGCAAAAUCAGCACAUGAUAAGUAAGAUGUAUGAAAGUAUAGGCUGUAGACUUGUAGAUUUAUUUUAUUGAUGAAAUCUUACCUUGGCGGGUCAGUGAAGAGUAAAUUCUGAAACGACACAAUAGAUGGCCUGGCAUUUCAGUGGCUUUCACCCCAUUUACCUUUGCUGCCCUCGCUUGCUCGUGUUCAAUUAAGUGGAGGUUACAAAUGUACCUGGUUAUCAGCCUCGUUUCAGCUGUCUCACAGCCAGCCGUCAGAGCCAGAGACGCAUUAUUGCUCUUUCUGGCUCCUAUUAGACUGAAACACCUGCCCAGGCCUUUGUUUGGCAUUAACGGGCCGGGACCAAAUGAUCAAAUAUGACCUUUCAUUGACUGUACAGGAAUUGCACAUCCCAGUAGGGAUGUGGACAAAAGCCACGUCUGCAAGAGGCGCCGCCAGGUGCGUAAACUAAUGCUCAGCCUCCCAAAGUGUGAGCAUUAUUCCUAAUUCUUUUCAGUCUGCGCAUCCAAGGUCACCAUCUGCCGUCCUGUUUUUCUGCAACAACGAAAACGCAGUGAAUGGCAGCCACGAAAGGAAGACCAAUUCAUUUCCAGGACGGCGGCGACGGCUCUUGGAGAAGGCUGGCGCUCUGUUUAGAAUCACAGAUACAAUCCAUGGUUAGAAAAUAAACAUGGAUUUAAUCUGUGAGGUCAUUAAGUCUAGCACUUAUCCUCCCUCGUCUGGACAGCACACAACAGCCUCGUAGUCGUGAUUAUUGUUCCGCCUAGCUAUUGACACUCAAUUACUCAAUCUUCCUGGGAUGGAAGCCGUUCAAUCUUUAAAUUUAUUUCUCGAAUGAGUCUGCUGCAAACCGAUUGGUUGAGUAAACAGCCCUUGAGUCUAAAAUAUAAAGACUGCGAAAUGAAUCACUGUUGUUUCUGCAGUACUGCGUGCAGCUAAAAGGAAUGGAGUGGCUGAUAUUUUUGUCAUGCUGCGUGUCAGGGUGCAGGUGGUUUCAUGUAUAAAGCCCAGGUCAGACCAGAGAGCACAACCCGUGUCAUGUCCUUCAUGCUCGGUGAGAAGCUCAGUGCUGCACCAGUGGAGGUGUUUUAGCAUUUUCCACCCAUCUCACAUUAUUUUCCCACCUUAAUUUCCACUUCAUGUCUUAGAAAUGCGAUUUCAUUGGAAAAUCACUUAGUUUGGAUCAAAUAGGCCACUGCCUUGCCAGCUAGCCUCUAAAGCUAGCUUUAUGCAUUCUCUGGAUCUCGGUUCUCUCAAAGGUCGGCUAAGCUGAAAUUGGUCAAAUUUGCGUGUCAAAGUUCACCGAAGUUCAAAUAUGGAAGACUGUGCAUGAAUUUAGUUCAAGUCAUUUCUCCGAUUCCAAUGAAAUGAAUUGAUUUCCUCUAAAAUUUCAGUGUGGUGGAACACGGACAUUUUACUCUCAUGUUAACACUUUUAAUGAGAAGAGAACUGGAUUGGACAACAAACGUCUCAUGUUGUAACAAAUUUUCUGAAGGCAAAACUAUUUAAAAUGUCCAGUCUCCAUCUGAUAAACAUCCAGAGAAUGUAGCAUGGUGGUCCCGGACCACGACCGAGAUUACUGCUGUCACUUAACCUUAUUAACGUCCUCUAAGGCACAGGUAUAAUUCAGGGUAAAAGAUUUGACUUGGGCUUGAGGGUAUUUAGCAGUAUGUGGUCUCUUUCAGGUGCUCAUGCUUGGGCUUAAAUAAGUGAACUCUAAAUGAUCCACAGAGGCAAUUUGAAACGGUUUGGAUGGUACAAAUCCCCAUGACUCACUGGUCAAAUCUCUUCCACUCGCAGCAUCACAGUACUGUAAAAGGCUUUUCCUUCUGACAGCUUCCUACCAGCCGGCGGAGGAUAUUUCCAAAAUUUCUAUAAAGGGGGAAAAAGUGGAUAUUUAUAAAUGGCCAUCUUUUUACACACUGGAUCAAAACUAUUUCUCUUUCGAGAUGGCCAUGGACGCAGUCUACAUUAGGAUGAUGGAUUGAUUGCUUCAUAUGAACAAAACAUUCUAUAGGUUUUCACUGGAGUAUUUAAGAUGUAUGUAUGGGUGCUUCACAUGAGGCAGAUUAACUUUACAUUCCAGUUCUCCAAUUUGACCAAAUCUGUAUUAUAAAGAUUCCUCUACAAGCCCCAGUAUUUGUGUGUAGCAGAAAUUUCAACAGAAUUGCCUGGUAGAGCUUGAAAUCCGGUUCUUCGUGUACUCUGCACCAAAAUCCCAAACCGAAGUCGCAGUUUAAUGUCCCCUUGGGGCACCCAUACUGAAUUUUUAUGUGCAUCAAACUGCUAGAUAGAGAUGAGGAUUUUGUCACUACCUCAAAGUAGCGGACAAGGUUGACCUCUCUGUCUUUGUAUCUAUUUGCUUUUAUUGUAAUUGUUCCAGAUUCAUUUCCGUGUCUAUUUUGUGUUUUAUUACAACCUAGGCGAUGUGAUAACGCAAUUGUUGCAUUGCCCUGGCAGCCAUUUUUACAUCUCUCUCAGAACUGCCUCAGCUCGCGCGAGCUCGAGGUUUUUGUGGUCGUCGGGCUUUGAAAAUUCAUUAUUGUUGCAUUUUUGUGAAAUCUCGCACUGGGCUGGGCCUAAUCAACUGUUUUUAUUGAUGUGUGUCAAGAGGACUAUUUCUGUAUACAGUAUGUGAAAAUGUUUUUAUUUCUCUUGACUAUUAUAAUGGGUUUUAACCUGUGGAAAAAAAAACAAAGGAAAAAGCUCAAAAAGAGAUGAGACCAAAUAAAAUGUAACACUCCUGA